GGCGGGAGGUGAAAUCCGGUUCUAACCGGUCCGGGGCUCCCAGCGCUAUAAAAACUUUAUAAACCCCCCGGAGCCCGAGCAGUGUGAAGAAGAGGAGGCGAGAACGACCCCCGGACCGGCCAAAGCCCGCGCGCCGCUGCAUCCCCGCGUCCAGCGCCUACGUCCCGCCGCCGUCGCCACCAUGCCCAAGAGAAAGGCUGAAGGGGAUGCUAAAGGAGAUAAAGCCAAGGUGAAGGAUGAGCCACAGAGAAGAUCUGCAAGGUUAUCUGCUAAACCUGCUCCUCCAAAGCCAGAGCCCAAACCUAAAAAGGCCCCUGCAAAGAAGGGAGAGAAGGUACCCAAAGGGAAAAAGGGGAAAGCUGAUGCUGGCAAGGAUGGGAAUAACCCAGCAGAGAAUGGAGAUGCCAAAACAGACCAGGCACAGAAAGCUGAAGGUGCCGGAGACGCCAAGUGAAGUGUGUGCAUUUUUGAUAACUGUGUACUUCUGGUGACUGUACAGUUUGAAAUACUAUUUUUUAUCAAGUUUUAUAAAAAUGCAGAAUUUUGUUUUACUUUUUUUUUAAGCUAUGUUGUUAGCACACAGAACACUUCAUUGUUGUUUUGGGGGAAGGGCAUAUGUCACUAAUAGAAUAUCUCCGAAGCUAGAUUGAUUCAAGGGGAAAAACACCAUUCCCUUCUAGUUCUGAGAAACUUCCUCUUGGUUCCCAGGAGGAGCAAUUCCUUGAUGUUGACACACAUUAGCCACCUUGGCACAAACGCCUUGUAGGGUGGAAAAUCUAAACUUCAUUUUUUAUGUCCUUUUCUCCCUCUGCCUUCAACAUAGACUUGACUCCCUUAAACCCAGAGACCUGUUGGAACCUGACCCCAAGAAAUGGUUCCCAGUAUGUCAGGCAAUCUGGACUUUACAGUGUCACCAUGGAGAUGGCAUCCCUCAAAAGAGUUCCUUUUUUAGCUUGUGGAGCUUCAGAUUGAUAAUUCUGCCAUUUUCAUUUCAUUUCCUGAAAGUCAGGGUCGGCUUGUGAAAAGUUGUUAAACAACAUGCUAAAUGUGAAAUGUCAACCCUCACUCUAAACUUUCCCUGUUCAGAGCAUCAAAUGAAGAUUUCAUUGGGUUUUAUAGUGGCUUUCUGAUUUUGGUAGUCCAUUGAAGAAGGGAGUUUGAAAGUUGUUGUAUACUGUUAACGAUUGUCUGCCCAUGUCCUGCCUGAAAUACCAUGAUUGUUUAUGAAAAGUAUCUUUAAUAAAGCUGGAUACAGUUUGGCUUGGAA